AUGCCUAACGACUUCGUAAAGGCGACGAAUUUAAGCUCCCAAGAGACUUUAAAUCACGGCUACUCAGCAGAUGGACUUGAGACAGAAAUUCAACAAAGUCAGAUCGGUCUCGUGACGGCUUACUAUGUAAUGAUAGUGCUCUCACUGGUGGGUAAUACAGUGGUAAUCAAAGCCAUCAGAAGAAUCGGAAAGAACUUACGACGACCAGUACAUUUCCUAUUUAUCAUAAACCUUUCUGUGGCCGAUCUUCUUUUUGCUUUAGAGAUGACACCCAUGAUCUGUGUUCAUCUGCUCUUAGGAGGAGCGUGGCAUAUUCGCGGUCAAUUCGGAGAGUUUCUCUGCCGAUUUGACGUGUUUUUGUCCGCAGUUUUAAUUCUUACGUCGAAUCUGACAAUUUCAGCCAUCGCUGUGGAGAUGUUUCUGGGGAUAUUUUUCCCUUUGAAGGCGCUGCUGUCGAAGAAAAGGGCGUAUUUUAUUAUUGCCGCCACGUGGUUUGUAAGCGGGUGUUAUAGCAGUCCGCUGUUUUCUUUUGCGCAUCUCAAAGCACACGGCAUCGGUGACGUAAUAUGUUUCGUGGGGAUAACGAACGAAAAGGUCGUACAAUGGUUUACAUUUCAAACAGUGUUGUUGGCGGCGGGAUUUGUGAUCACUCUGGCGUUGUAUUCAGCCAUCGGUAUCAAACUUUGGCUCCUCAAAUCACCUGGAUUUCACUUCCACGAGGUACAGCGAAAGGGACGAGCGAAAAGAACUAAGGCUCUCAAAAUGUUGGCGAUGUUGGUAUUUGUCUUCUACGUUUCAUUCAUACCAUUUUGGAUUUUACAGUUAUCUCUUCACUUCGGCUUUUAUGACAAGCUUACCCCGCAUUACAGCACCAUCUCAGCAUUCCUUAUGCUUUGUAACGGAACUGUAAACCCGGUAAUUUACAGCGCCUACAACAAGGAUAUUCGAGAUGAAUUCAAAUCCUUGAUCACUUGUAAGCCACCGCCGGAACGCCCGCGAAGUCUAAUAGCAUUUCACUCCAAAGCGAUAAGGAGGAAAAAAUAUGAGGAUUUAGAACCGAGAUCACGAAAUCAACAGUUUCCUAUGAAUGCGUUGUCUGAAAGAAUUAGCAGCCAGUCGUCAACAAUGCAGCCAGUUACUGGUGAAAAGAACUUGGCUUGCAGUUUUGAAGACACGCCACUGUGA